AUAUUUAUCAUUGUCAUUUUUACUUGGAGAACGGCAGCAAAAAAUUCAGUCUCUCUGACAAGAUCAGACCCCUACCCAAGUCUAAAGAACUUGCUGUUAUGGUAGACACUUGUAGGAUUCGAUACAUAUAUAUUAAACUCAUGUCCUUUUAGGGAUAUAUAGCUAGCUACCACUGCUUCCUUCCAUCCCUCGUGUGCAAUUGCUUGCUUUAAUCAUAAUUGAAUGAUUUUCUUCAGGUUUAACUCAGGAUCCAAUUCCUCUGAAUCAAUCAUCAAAAUGGGUUGAUUCUUCGUUCAGUGCUUCGAGCUUUGGAUACACAAUUAAAGUUGCUUGCAUAUAUAGGAUUGAGUCUCAAAGGUUAUUGACUUUGCCUUUUCUAGAUCAUAUUUAAUGGCAACGUACUUUCAUGGAAGUUCAGAAAUCCAAGCAGCAGCUGCACCAUCUGAUGGGAUCCAGACACUUUAUCUCAUGAACCCUAAUUACCUCUCAUCGUACUCUGACGCUACUCAACAGCAGCACCAACAACAGUCUCCAAAUAUGAUCUUCUUCAACCACAGUAACACUGUUAACAAUAGCCUUUCCCAUGGACCGCCGCAGAAUCACCACUUUGUCGGCAUCCCCCUUCCUGUACCCUCUUCCAACAUCACUUCCUCAGUUCCCGACAAUCACAGCCGUCCAUCGUCCCUACACGGGGUUGUCCCUAGUGUUCACUAUAAUAUCUGGGGUUCAAUAGAUCAGAAUUCGGUCGCAUCAGCUGCUACAGCUAGUGAGUCUAGUGGGGCCCAUGAUGUCAUGUCGUCCCAGGUGGGUUUUCGGAGGCCGGUGGUGGUGUCUCCAGGAAGGCAAGGAUUAUCUCUAAGCCUUUCGUCUCAGCAAGCACCGGCACCACCGACACCCUACAGUAGAGCUAUAAGCAAUGAGCAUGAGAUUCAAGCAUUGCAUCCUCAUGUUUCGGUUGUGUCUUCAGGUGAUGAAAUCAGACUUUCUGGGAACUCUCCGCCGUCUGUUUCGGCAGUGUCGAAUGGGGUUUCAUGUAUGCAAAACAUGGUUUUGGGAUCCAAGUACCUGAGAGCUACACAGGAGUUGCUUGAUGAAGUUGCUAAUGUGGGGAAAGACCUGAUAAAGAGUGGCAUUAUAGCAAGGACUAAAGAGAAAAUGAAGAUGACUAAAGAAUCUAUAACUGGAGAUGGUUCUGAUGGUAGUGGUGAAGCUGUUGGUGAAACCAGCGCUAAGCGUGGAGCUGACCUUACUACAGCCCAUAGGCAGGAGCUGCAAAUGAAGAAGGCAAAGCUUGUAACCAUGCUUGAUGAGGUGGACCAAAGAUACAGGCAAUACCACCACCAAAUGCAAGUAGUAGUUUCCUCAUUCGAGCAAGCAGCAGGAUACGGUGCAGCGAAAUCAUACACUGCCCUAGCAUUACAGACUAUCUCAAGGCAAUUCAGGAGUCUUAAAGACACAAUCGCUUCACAAAUCAGGGCCACGAGCAAGAGCUUGGGUGAAGAGGAUUGCAUUGGAGCAAAGGUUGAAGGUUCAAGACUAAGGUAUGUGGAUCAUCAGCUUCGACAACAGCGAGCACUACAACAACUUGGAAUGGUCCAACACAAUGCUUGGAGACCCCAGAGAGGAUUGCCUGAACGUGCUGUUUCAGUUCUUCGCGCUUGGCUCUUCGAGCACUUCCUUCACCCUUAUCCCAAGGAUUCUGAUAAGCACAUGCUUGCAAAACAAACAGGGCUUACUAGGAGCCAGGUGUCUAAUUGGUUUAUAAAUGCUCGAGUUCGGCUGUGGAAGCCUAUGGUUGAGGAAAUGUACUUGGAGGAAAUCAAGGAGCGAGAGAAAGAUGGUUCUGAGGAGAGUGGAGGUAAAAAUGAGAACAAAGAGUCUGGGUCCCAUUCUAGUGCACCAGGAGAGAGCAGUACACAUCACAUGGAUCAACUUAAGGGAGUAGUACUUCAAUCAAAACAACCUGAAAAACCCACCAACCAGAAUGCUUCUCCUACUAGAUUUUCAAACCCAACAAUCUCAAUGUCUCCCAUGGGAGCAUCCUUUCAACAGCAAGCUGGUUUUACACUUAUUGGGCCAGCUGAAAUGGAAGGAAUUACUCAAAGUUCAAAGAAACCAAGGAGCGGUGACAUGCAGAAUUCUCCAAGUAGUAUCCUCUCCAUGGACAUGGACGUGAAACAUGGUGAGACAAGUAGGGAAAUCGGUGUGAAUUUUGGUGGUGAAAGGUUGACCAAGGAUGGUUAUCCUCUAAUCACUGGCAGCAAUGGAUCUUUUGGAGCAUAUCCAAUGGGAGAUCUUGGAAGGUUUAACAUUGAGCAGUUGACCCCAAGAUUUAGUGGAAAUAGUGUCUCCCUCACUCUUGGCUUACCACACUGUGAGAACCUUUCUCUUUCAGGAACUCAGCAAAACUACCUCUCCAGCCAGAACAUUCAGCUGGGUGGAAGAAGAAUAGAAAUUGGAACCAGUGAACCUGACUUUUCUGGGAUUAACACCUCACAAAAUUCUCACUCGAGCUCUGGUUUUGAGAGUGUUGACAUUCAAAACAGAAAGAGGUUUCCUGCUCAACUAUUACCAGAUUUUGUGGCCUGAUCAAUUCGACAUGUACUUAACAAUUCAUACUUCAAGAUCUCAGGUAACAUGCAUGUGCAAGUAACAGCUCUCUCCUUUCUAAUGUACCCUGGCCUAUAGAAAGAGAAGCUAAAGAAAAGCUUACAAGCAUGAUGAUUGCUGCAAAGCAAGAAGAAAAGUCAGUGUAGCUAGGUUUUAGUUAUAGAGAACAACUAGCUAGUGUUCUUACAUAUUGCUUAGGGGAGGAUUGAGUUCAUAAUUAAGGUUAAUUAAUUAAAUGAUUGUAUAUUAUAUUCACACAUUGGGGCAUAGUUAUAUGGAAAUUAAGAUUUCAUGGAUAUGCAAAAUGGGUUAAUUCA